AUGUCGACGCCAAGGCAACCAUGGGGUCACCGCUGGCGGUCGUCGCAGUGGUUCACUGUCAUGGCAAUGGCCACAGCUCUCUUUACUGAUACUUUUCUCUACUCCUUUCUCGUUCCUAUCCUUCCCUAUGUGAUUGAAGAUCGAUUAGGAUUAAAGACAUCCUCUACCCAGACCAUCACUUUCUGGUUGCUGGCAGAAAGUGCGGGGAUCUCAGUGGUGGCGAGUCCGAUAUUCGGGCAUUUUGCGGAUAAGUCAGGCUCAAACCGUGCUUGGUUGCUGUGGGGAUUGGCGAUUGUACUUACCAGCACUGUAUUUGUUGCCCUUGCCACCUCCUUGGCACAGCUCUUCCUCGCCCGAUUGUGGCAGGCCAUAGCCAGUAGUAUUAUCUGGGUGGUCGGACUCUCAACAGUGGCAGAUACGGUCCAUACGGAGCAUAUGGGGAAAACGUUCGGUCUCAUCUCCCUGGCUGUUGCUCUCGGCUCUUCGGUUGGCCCAAUGCUGUCUGGCGUCGUCUUUGAGCUAGCCGGAUACUGGGCGGCUUGGUCUACUGCGUUUGUUAUUAUUGGGAUUGAUAUUGCCCUUCGUCUACUAAUGUUGGAGAGACGUUCUGGGGUCAGAAGCGGACAUACAAAUGGCCCUGCGGCCGAACAGGCUUCGCUUCUCUCCAACCAGGAUAAUAGGGCUAUUCCCGCCACAGAGGAACGCACUGGCCUGAGCUUCUAUACGUGUAUUCUGAGCAAGUCGAAUCUUCUUGGUGGCAUGUACUGCAAUUUUAUUUUCGGUCUCCUUCUGACUGCAUUUGACGCCACCCUUCCCUUACAUGUUCGGGAGGUUUUCCACUGGGGUAGCGUUCCUGCCGGCCUCAUGUUUGGUGCCCUGCAAGCUCCAGGAAUCGUCAUGGCCCCCAUUAUUGGCUGGCUGAAAGACCGCGUGGGAACAAGAGACCCAGCCGUCUUUGCAUUCACCUUGCUUGCUCCGCUGUUCUGGCUUUUGGGCAUCGCAGGGACGGACCUAUUUCCAUGGGCCAAACAGUGGGGAUCGGUUCUAUAUGUGUUGUGCAUGGUCUCCAUUGGAAUUAUCUCCACGUUUCUGAAUGGGUCAGGGACAAUUGAAGCGACACUCACCGUAGAGCAACUAGAGAAAGAACACCCCGGCUUAUUUGGCCCACACGGCGGGACUUUUGUUGGCCCAAUCCUUGCUGGUGGACUGCGGGACCAGUUUGGUUACUACGUUCUGAACUGUGUGGUCGGCUGGCUUCGCAAAUGCUAA